GGCGCAGCCGGAACGGGCGGAGCCGAGUUGGCGGCGGCUGAGGAGGUAGCAGUGGCGGCGACGGCGACGGCGGCUCUGGAGGCCGCAGUCCCGAUCCUGGCUUCGGCCCCAGCCCCACCAUGGUGACGCUUGCUGAGCUGCUGGUGCUCCUGGCCGCCCUCCUGGCCACGGCAUCGGGCUACUUCGUCAGCAUCGACGCGCAUGCCGAGGAGUGCUUCUUCGAGCGGGUCACCUCGGGCACUAAGAUGGGCCUCAUCUUCGAGGUGGCCGAGGGAGGCUUCCUGGACAUCGACGUGGAGAUUACAGGGCCUGAUAAUAAAGGAAUUUAUAAAGGAGACCGGGAGUCCAGUGGGAAAUACACAUUUGCUGCUCACAUGGAUGGGACAUACAAAUUUUGUUUUAGCAACAGGAUGUCCACCAUGACUCCAAAGAUAGUGAUGUUCACCAUUGAUAUUGGCGAGGCCCCAAAAGGACAAGACAUGGAAACAGAAGGUGGUGGAGAUACCUGGGAUGCUCAUCAAAACAAGCUAGAAGAAAUGAUUAAUGAGCUAGCAGUGGCGAUGACAGCUGUAAAGCACGAACAGGAAUACAUGGAAGUUCGCGAGAGAAUACACAGAGCGAUCAAUGACAACACAAACAGCAGAGUGGUCCUUUGGUCCUUCUUUGAAGCUCUUGUUCUAGUUGCCAUGACAUUGGGACAGAUCUACUACCUGAAGAGAUUUUUUGAAGUCCGGAGGGUUGUUUAAAAAGCCUUUUCCUGAUGAUCCGAAACUCAUAAUUCACUGUUUACCAAACAUCUUGGUCGUAAUAAUGUCAUGAGUUUGUAUGUUUUUAUUUUCUUAACUGUACAUUCACAGCUUAUGUUUCUUUGUGAUGAAUAGAUAUGGGGGGAAAACACCUGUUUAGGGAAGUUAUAGUGAAAAUUUGACAUUUGAUUGGCACAGUUUCUUAUUUGAAUCCUGCCUCCAUUAUAUAGGUCCUUCCAGAGCUCAAACACUGUAAAUGAAAUGUAGACGUAUAGUCCUUAUAUCUUUUUUGUUGUCAUAAUAAAAUGCAGUUUGUUCAGGAUAGUACUUUACUAAAAUGACUGCAGUUUUUAGACCCCUUAUCCUGCAGUUCAGGUCAUUAAAGAUUCAUUUUGUUGAGUCCUUAUGAGAAAAAACAGCCUGAAUCGUGACAUUUUCUACCCCCAAUGGCAGAGCUCUGUGACUUUGGAGUAUGCUUCCAGGUCGGUACUUUUAUACUUUGUCUAUCUUGUUUUUGCUUUAAAGAUAAGACCAUAACCCAGUAACAUUUUUCCCCCUAAAUUUUUACUUUGAACCUUAGGAUUUCACCUUUACUUAAACUGAUGACACAAGCAGCUAAUAACCAUUUUUUGGUUUGAGCCUGACCUUGUAAGAAGUCUAUUAAAGCCAAUUCUGGGUGUUUCAGCUGGUAGCUCUUUUUAUUUCUGUGCUGGCAAUCCACUUUCUCUACUCUUGGCACGUAGGAGGUAUGCAUUCACGUAAUUGAAAAAAUCUUGGUUUCUGAUGGCAAAGGGUUUAAAGCCUGUUUGAUUUCAUUGCAGUGAUAUACAGCCACUAUUUUAAUUUUGAUCAGUGGUAUUUGGCCACUCAUUAAUUAGGGUACUGCACAUCACUGUCAGUACUAGGGUUUUUGUUUUUAUUUUUCUUGGGGUUUUUUUUUGGCACAUGUGAAUUUUGUUUUGUAUAAAACGAAAAGAGUUUCUCUUGGUCUCUGAUGAUGGGUUCAAAAUUUAAAAAGCAGCAUCUGGUUUUGGUGUAGGGAUGAUCCAGGAUUAUGUUGUGACUGAUGCAUAUCAGUUACUUGUACUUUUUUUUUUUUUUUUGAUCUUUGCAAGGGUAAAACUACAAGUAACGAGUUUUAUAUAAUUAAUUUAAAUUUGUUACAGGUUUUCAUGUUCAGGAUAAACAAUUUUUUCAACGUUGGGUGAAAACACUUGGCAACAGUUGAAGGUGACUGUGUUACCUUAGGACAACUGUUGCAUGCCAAUUUUUGUGUGUGUGUGUGAGAAAACACUUUGAAAUUGAAUUAAAAUAUGUAAAUUUAAAAUCGGUUGUGUAUCUAAUCUGCCCCAGGUUCCGUAAAUAAACAAUCCUUUUUAAAAACA